AUGAACACUCCUGUACCGCAACCGGUCACCGUGGCUCGUAGCAAUAGCCUGCGUGUAUCACCGAAGAAAUCAAGUUUGAAAACGAGCAAUAUCACAUCUUCGAAUAUCAAUCCAUGGGAUAUCAAAAGUGAUUCAAUUCUUCUCAAGGCUGAUGGGACUGUCAAGGUCUCGGACUUCGGCUUCUGUGGGCAGCUUUCUGAUGAGUUUCCACGCCGCAGGUCCUUGGUAGGGACUCCAUAUUGGACAGCUGCCGAAGUGAUUGCUCGGCAACCAUACGAUACUGGUGCAGAUAUCUGGUCAUUUGGAAUUAUGCUUAUAGAAAUGGUCGAGGGUGAACCACCUCUCUUUAAUGAGCAACCGUUCCAGGCGAUGAAAAUGAUCCGAGACGAGCCUGCGCCAAAGUUUAAUCCAACAGCCAAUGUUUCUCCUGAGUUAGCUCACAUGCUUAGUCGUUGUCUCGUGAAGGAUCCUUCACAGAGGGCCACUGCAAGCGAACUGCUGCGACAUCCGCUGUUGACCAAGGCGCAACAUCCUAGUUGCAUCGCUCAUUUGAUUAAUAAUAAUAAUGUAAAUAGAAAUUAA